GGAGUGAUAUUGUAUGAGAUGCUAGUGGGGCAGCCUCCAUUCCUGGCGAACACUCCCGCCGAAACGCAGUACAAGGUGCUAAACUGGGAGUCAUGUUUGAGGAUCCCAAAAGGAGCCAACGUGUCGCCUGAGGCCAAAGACCUCAUCUUGCGCCUGCUUACAAGUCCAGAGCAGCGGCUGGGUCGUAAUGCUCAGGAAAUAAAAAAUCGUUCGUUCUUCGCUGAGGUGGACUUUGAGGCUGGGCUGCGCAAGCAGCAAGCCCUUUAUAUCCCCGAGAUAAAAUACCCUACAGACACGUCUAACUUUGAUCCGAUCGAGCCAGACC